AUGUCUACGUUUUCGCCGAUUCCUGAGAGCGUGAGAUCGCACGAGUCUUCUGGCGAGGAGGAGGAGACUGUUCUUCCAGGGCUGGACGAGAUUUUUUCGCAGCUCGCGAGCGCUGCUGGGAGCAGAGAUCCGGCGCAAAAGAAAGAGACGUUUGAAGACGUGAAGAAAGCCGUGGCUGGGCUGCCGAAGCUGGCGUCUGGCGAGCUUGUGGCGGCGAAGAAGGAGCGGCGGGUGGCCAAGGUGGACGAUCCGAUCGACGUUGCGAUUCCGAAGAGCGAGAAGAGCGCCAAGAGCUUGACGGAGCAGUGGUUCGAGAUGCCUAAGGUGGAGCUGACGGAGCAGCUGAAGCGGGACCUUCUUGUGCUGAAGCACCGUGCGUCGAUUGAUCCGAAGCGGUUCUACAAGAAGGAGAAGUGGGAGGCGCCGGAGAAGUUCCAUAUGGGCACGAUAGUUGGGGGCCCCACCGAUUUCCACAACAGAAUCCACAGAAAGCAGCGCGGCACGGGCUUUGUGGACGAGCUGCUGAAGAACGAGGAGACCAGCGGGUGGCUGAAGAAGCGGUACGAGGAGGUUCAGGUGAAGAAAGGCGGCCGCCGGCCGUUCAAGCCCAAGAAGAGAGCCAGACGGUAG